AUGUUUAGAGUAUUCCCACUUGCAUUUCGACUAGGAAGAAACUUGACUACAGCAGCAAGUGUAGAAUCGCUUCCGCAGCUCCACCCACUCCUAAUCCAACGAGCGCAGGACCUUACCAAACAACAGCAUCAGCUUCAAGCUCAACUAGAGACAUACGAUGCAGAACUACAGGAGAAAUACGACCGAAUAUCGCAUAUCCUCGACAAGUUUAACCAGUUUCUGCAGCUCAAGCAGGAGAUUGUGGAGUUGGCCUCGAUCCGCGAGCCCGAACUACUCGAAGACGCGCAGGAGGAACUAGCACUGAUGAUACCGCGAUACACGCUGCUCACGAAGGAAUUGAGCACGAAUCUACUCCCGCGCGUGAAGUACGCCGAGAAAGGGUGCAUCGUCGAGUUGCGGCCCGGGAUCGGCGGCAGCGAAGCCAGUUUGUUCACGGACGACUUGAUGCAGAUGUACAUCAAUUUCUGCGUCGUCAACAAGUGGAAGUACGAGAUUGUCAGCCGCGCGACUUCGUCGCUGGGGUACGUCAACGAGUGCAUUCUAAGCGUGACCCACGGUGGAAGCUUCGAUAUCUUGAGACACGAGAGCGGCGUGCAUCGAGUCCAGCGGAUCCCCAGCACGGAGUCCAAGGGGCGCAUCCACACCUCGACUUCGGCGGUGGUGGUCUUGCCGCAGCUAAGCGAGGGGACCGAGUCGAGCUUGAAAGACGACGAGAUGCAGUUUGCGCCGGGGGAGAUCCGCGUCGACACCAUGCGUGCUGGGGGAAAGGGCGGCCAGCACGUCAACACCACCGACAGCGCCGUGCGCGUGGUGCAUUUGCCCACGGGGAUCCAGGUGGUGCAGCAGGACGAGCGCAGCCAGCCGCAGAACAAGGCCAAGGCCUUUGCCAUCUUGCGGGCCAGGUUGGCGGAGAAGGAGCGCGUGGAGGAGAUGAACAAGCAGAAGCAGAUGCGCACGCUGCAGGUCAGCUCGACCGACCGCAGCGACAAGAUCCGCACUUACAAUUGGCCGCAGAACCGCAUCACGGACCACCGAUGCGGGUUCAGUUUGCACGAUAUCGACGGGUGCAUGCUGGGCCUGCGGCUCAUGGAGAUCAUCAACCGCGUUGCAGAAGUUGAGUACCAACAACGGUUAGAGGAUUUGUUGCUGGACACUGGUGACAGUGGCAGUAGCAGUAGCAGUAGUAGUAGUAGCUGA